AGAGUCGUGACUUUGGAAGGUUUACAGUUAUGCAGAGGUGCAGGAUGAUAACAGGUUGGUGCAGCCUCCUCAGCUCUGAGGAUCUGAGAUGUCAGGCUGCUGCUCGUCGUCGUCUCUCUGUCAACUCCUGCACACGUUUUGAUUAUAAGGGAAACAGAUUCAUAUCUGAUCCGGAGGAGUUGAUGGUGGAGUUCUGAAGUGACUCAACCUGCAGACAUGGAGGCGAAGAAAGACGCCCCCCCUGCGGGCGAUGGAGGUAAGUCCGACACCCUGGGGUCGACCGGCUCCUCCAGGAAGAGAGGCGGGGGGGCCAAGAAGGCGAUGCAGGCCAACAAGUCUGCGCUGCGGGCCCCCCGGGCGCUGUGCUGCCUCACCCUCAGCAACCCCAUCCGCAUGGCGGCGCUCGCCCUGGUGGAGUGGAAGCCCUUUGAUAUUUUCAUCCUACUCGCCAUCUUUGCCAACUGCGUGGCCAUGGGCGUCACCAAGCCGUAUCCCGACGACGACUCCAACGCCACCAAUCACCAGCUGGAACAAGUGGAGUACGUCUUCCUCGUCAUCUUCACCAUCGAGACCUUCACCAAAAUCCUUGCCUACGGUCUAGUCAUGCACCCCAGCGCCUACAUACGCAGCGGAUGGAACUUGUUGGAUUUCGUUAUCGUCAUCGUCGGGUUGUUCAGUGUCAUGGCGGAGGCCAUGACGGAUCAUAAACCCGGAGAAGCUCAUCACGCCGCAGGGAAACCCGGAGGCCUGGACGUCAAAGCUCUGCGGGCGUUCAGGGUGUUACGACCGCUGCGCCUCGUGUCCGGAGUUCCGAGUUUACAGAUUGUGUUGAACUCCAUCAUGAAGGCCAUGGUCCCGCUGCUGCACAUCGGCAUGUUGGUCAUGUUCGUCAUCAUCAUCUACGCCAUCAUCGGCCUGGAGCUCUUCAUCGGCAGGAUGCACAAGACGUGUUACUCCAUCGGCUCAGGCCUCAUGAUGGAGGACGACCCUUCGCCCUGCGCAUUCGCCGGGAGCGGACGCUUCUGUGACGGCAACGGGACGGAGUGCCGGGGCAAGUGGGAGGGGCCCAACGGCGGCAUCACGAACUUUGACAACAUCUUCUUCGCCAUUCUGACUGUUUUCCAGUGCAUCACUAUGGAGGGCUGGACGGACGUGCUCUACUGGAUGAACGAUGCCAUCGGUUUCGAGAUUCCAUGGAUCUACUUUGUCUCUCUCGUCAUCUUCGGCUCCUUUUUCAUCAUCAACCUGGUGUUGGGUGUGUUGAGCGGAGAGUUCUCCAAGGAGAGAGAGAAGGCCGUGGCGCGUGGCGAGCUACAGAAAGCUCAGGAGAGCAAACAGAUGGAAGAGGACAUGAUCGGCUACAUGGACUGGCUCAUCGAGGCCGAGGACGUGGACGAAGAGGGAAACAAACGUGCCGCGAUUGCAAAGAAAAAGAUGAUGAAGAAGUUCGGCUGGUACAAGCACAGUGAGGACGGAGGAGAGUCGGACUCGGACGAUGACAUUGCAUACCUCGACGACGACAGCGGCUUCUGCGCUUCGCUCAUGGCGAAGAUGAUGGCCAACAGCUUCUGUGACCAGCUGUGUCAGCUGAAUCACACCUUCAGGAAGAACUGCCGUGUGGCCGUGAAGACCACCAACUUCUACUGGCUGGUGCUUCUGCUCGUCUUCCUCAACACGGUGGCCAGCGCCUCGGAGCAUUACGGACAACCCAAGUGGCUCACGGAGAUGCAAGAGCGAGCCAACAAGAUCCUGCUGCUGCUCUUCACCCUGGAGAUGCUGAUGAAGAUGUACGCCUUCGGCCUACAGAUCUAUUUCAUGGCGCUGUUCAACCGCUUCGAUUGCAUCGUGGUGUUCGGCGGCAUCCUGGAGACUCUGCUCGUGGAGUUUGACGCCAUCCCGCCCAUCGGCAUCUCCGUGCUGCGCUGCAUCCGCCUGCUCAGGAUCUUCAAGAUGACUCGGCACUGGGCUGCUCUGUCCGACCUGGUCAACUCACUGCUGAACUCCAUGAAGGCGAUCUGCUCGCUCCUGCUCCUUCUCUUCCUCUUCCUCAUCAUCUUCGCUCUGCUGGGCAUGCAGCUGUUUGGAGGCAAAUUCAACUUCGACGAGAUGCAGAUGAAGAGAAGCACUUUCGACUCCUUCCCUCAGGCUCUGCUCACUUGUUUCCAGAUCCUCACCGGAGAGGACUGGAACGCCGUGAUGUAUGACGGCAUCAUGGCGUACGGAGGACCCAUCUUCCCAAACAUGAUCGUGUGCGUUUACUUUGUCAUCCUCUUCGUCUGUGGUAACUACAUCCUGCUCAACGUCUUCUUGGCUAUCGCCGUGGACAACCUGGCAGGAGGUGGCGGAAAGAAAACUGUGGAAGAGAAAAAGGACGAUGAGGAGGAGUGGGACGAGGAUGAAGAGAAGGAAGAUGAAGAUGCAGCGAACGACGAGGACGACUGGCAGGAGAACGAGGAGCUGAGGGCCAUCGAGGGACUCGAGGGCGUCGCUCCGUUGAAGCCGGAGUUCUCGGGGCCUAAAGAGAAGAUCGUCCCGAUUCCCGACGGGAGUUCCUUCUUCAUCCUCGGAAAGAAAAACUGUUUGCGAGUCGCCUGCCACAACCUCAUCCAUCACCCCUACUUCACCAACAUCAUCCUCGUCUUCAUCAUCCUCAGCAGUAUUUCCCUGGCUGCUGAGGAUCCCAUCAAAUCCCACUCAUUCAGAAACAUAGUGCUCGGUUAUGCCGAUUACGUGUUCACCUCAGUUUUCACGGUGGAGAUCGUUCUGAAGAUGACGGUCUACGGAGCUUUUCUUCACACCGGCUCCUUCUGCAGAAACGCCUUCAACCUCCUGGACCUGCUGGUCGUCAGCGUGUCGCUCAUGUCCUUCUUCCUGCAUUCAAGUGCGAUUUCUGUGGUGAAGAUUCUUCGGGUGCUUCGUGUGCUCCGGCCCCUUCGAGCCAUCAACAGAGCCAAGGGGCUAAAGAACGUGGUGCAGUGUGUGUUCGUGGCCAUUCGCACCAUCGGAAACAUCCUGAUCGUCACGACGCUGCUUCAGUUCAUGUUCGCGUGUAUUGGCGUGCAGCUCUUCAAGGGAAGAUUCUACAGCUGCACGGACGAAGCCAAACACACUCCGGACGAGUGCAAAGGAACGUUUGUCGUGUAUAAAGACGGAGACAUGAACCACCCGAUGGUGAGAGAGAGGAUUUGGGAAAACAGUGAAUUCAACUUCGACAACGUGCUGAUGGGAAUGUUGGCGUUAUUCACCGUGUCGACAUUUGAAGGCUGGCCACAGCUUCUUUACCGCGCAGUGGACGCCAACGCCAUAAACCGCGGUCCCAUCUACAACUACCGAGUGGAGAUCUCCAUCUUCUUCAUCAUCUACAUCAUCAUCAUCGCCUUCUUCAUGAUGAACAUCUUCGUGGGUUUUGUCAUCAUCACGUUUCGAGAACAAGGAGAAGCCGAGUUUAAAAACUGUGAACUCAACAAAAAUCAACGACAGUGUGUUUACUACGCUCUUAAAGCUCAACCCAUAAAGAUUUACAUUCCCAAAAACCCAUCUCAGCUCAAGUUCUGGAAAAUCAUCAACUCCAGUCAGUUUGAAUACAUCAUGUUCGUUCUGAUUCUGGGGAACACACUCACUCUGGCCAUUCAGCAUUACGAGCAGUCGAAGACCUUCACCUCCGUCAUGGACAUCCUCAACAUGAUCUUCACUGUGGUCUUCACCAUCGAGAUGAUCAUCAAGUUACUGGCUCUGCGAGCUCACCAUUAUUUCAUCGACCCUUGGAACUCGUUUGACGCUCUGAUCGUGGUGGGGAGCGUGUUGGACAUCGCCGUGUCGGAGUUUAGUGGCGGAGGCGGCCACGGCGAGGGCGGCAGCAAAGGAGAAAGUGGGAAAGUUUCCAUCACGUUCUUCCGAUUGUUCCGAGUGUUGAGGUUGGUCAAGCUGCUCAGCAAAGGAGAAGGGAUUCGAACUCUGCUCUGGACUUUUGUCAAGUCACUCCAGGCUCUGCCUUAUGUCGGUCUGCUCAUCGCCAUGAUCUUCUUCAUCUAUGCUGUGAUCGGCAUGCAGACGUUCGGGAAAGUGGCCGUCGACGACGACACUCACAUCAACAGGAACUGCAACUUCCAGACGUUCUUCAUGGCCGUUCUGGUGCUUUUCAGGUGUGCCACUGGAGAACAGUGGCAGGAGAUCAUGUUGGCGGCUCUGCCCGGCAGACGCUGCGACCCAGAGUCCGACACUGAGCCCGGUGAGGAGUUCACCUGCGGCAGCAACUUGUCCUACAUCUACUUCAUCAGCUUCUUCAUGCUCUGCGCCUACCUGAUCAUCAACCUGUUCAUCGCCGUCAUCAUGGACAACUUUGAGUACCUGACUCGGGACUGGACCGUGCUCGGGACGCACCACCUGGACGAGUUCAAGAGAGUCUGGUCCGACUACGAUCCCGAGGCCACAGGUCGUAUAAAACACAUCGACGUGGUCACGAUGCUGCGCAGGAUCCAGCCUCCUCUGGGGUUUGGGAAGCUGUGUCCUCAUCGAGUUGCUUGCAAGAGACUCGUCGCCAUGAACGUCCCUCUGCACUCGGAUGGGACGGUCACGUUCAGCGCCACUCUGUUCGCCCUGGUGCGAACCUCACUUAAGAUCAAGACCGAAGGUCCCAUCGACCAGCAGAACGAGGAGCUGAAGGUGAUUAUCAAGAAGCUGUGGAAGCGAACGAAGCCCAAGCUCAUCGAUGAAGUCAUUCCUCCCCCUAGAGGUGAUGAGGUGACCUGUGGGAAGUUCUACGCCAGCUUCCUGAUUCAGGACUAUUUCAAAAAGUUCCGCAAGAGGAAGGAGAGGGAGAGGAAAUCCAAACGGAAGGACAGGGCGGCUUCUCUGCAGCUCGGGCUGCGGACGCUGCAGGACCUGGCUCCAGAGAUGCGUUUGGCGAUGGCCUGUGACAUGGAAGACGAGGAAGGUGCAGACGGAGAGAUGAUGGGUGACGACAUAUUCGACAGCGAGCCCAGAACCUCGGCGACCAACACGCGCACCAGCACGCCGAUGCCGGCCAUAGAAAUGCUGGUGGAGCAGACGACUGUGCUCAUGGAGCGGGAGCCGCGGGAGGCCGAGGGGGGCGUUGUCACGCAGCAGGUGACGCCCCUGAAGGAGCAGCACAGACCGGGCUCCGAGCUGGGAGGAGUCGAUGUGGUGACCGAGCAGCCCGUGAGGGCGACGCCGCUGCCCACCAGGGUGGAGUCCAUCAGUCAGUCGCUUCCUCCCCCUCCUCCUCCGCCGCCGCCGCCGUCUCCUCCUCCUCCAGAGACGUCCGGAGGAGGAGGAGGAGAGGUUGUGGCUGAAGAAGCAGCCGUGACGGCGACAGCAGCUGAGCAGGUUUACAUCAGUGAAGGCGAAGCUGCAAGUCUGUCGACAGGAGACAGGUACGUGUAUCCAGAGCCUGUCUCUCCUGAACCCACCGUCACCGGCUACAGUGGUCAGAGCCUGGACCGAGCCGCCAGCAUCGAACCGUAUGACGCUCAAGACGCCAACGGCUUCGUCGGCAACGGCUACAACAACACCGACGUGAACGGAGGGAGCGUCGCCGAGAGCCCCGCCCCCUUCUCCAUGGACGGGUACAACGGGAACGGAUACAACGGGAACGGAUACAACGGGAACGGGUACAACGGGAACGGAUACAAUGGGAACGGAUACAACGGGAACGGGUAUGCGGGCUACAACGAGAACGGCAGCGUCAUCAGCAACAACGGUAUUGGCAGCACGGCGAGCGGCUUCAACGAAAACGGCAGCUCUGUGACGGGAUACGCUCAGAAGGUCCGGAGACGGCUGCUUCCUGUCGUUCCUCAAGGUCGACGGCCGUCCUUUAACUUCCAGUGUCUGCGACCUCAGAGCAGCGUGGACGACCUCCCCAUCCCGGGACGUUACAGUGGGACAGCCUCCCCGUCCCGGUCCCGUCUGCAGAUCCAGCAGAGUCUGGACUCGCGGCCCGGCAGCGCGUCGUCCAUGUCGUCCGCCUCCUGGUUGAACACGACGGCGGCCGGCGUCACUCCGGUCCCGGGAAUCAUCGCUCCCUCGGGGCGCCGAGGAAAACUGGUCUACACGCCCGUGAUGCUGAUGGACCAGGCCACCGGCAGCAGCCGACCGCUGUGGAGCGACGGCUCCGCCAGCCUCCCGGCGGGAAGCCGCCCCGGCUUGUACCCGGGUCAGACCAGAACCUUCACCAGCGUCAGGAUGCCGCAGGCGGCGCCGCUCAACCAGGGCUUCAUCAACAGAGGCAGCGCCGACAGUCUGGUGGAGUCGAUCCUGAUCUCCGAGGGUCUCGGCGUCUACGCCCGCGACCCGAAGUUCGUGAGCUUCGCCAAGAGGGAGAUCGCCGACGCGUGUCACAUGAGCCUGGACGACAUAGAGAGCGCCGCCGCCGACCUCAUCGCUCGUCAGUCGGCCUCGCGCGUAGAGGACGAGCUGGCCGACGAGAUGAACUGUGUGAUUACUUACUGAAGUUAUUACUGUACGAGACGUGUGUGUGUGUGUGUGUGUGUGUAUGUGUGUGUCGAGUGUUUGUAUCUUCUGAUGCGGUAGGAGACAGACGGACCAACACUUCCUGUAAGAACACGUCAGAACAGGAAGUGACACGUGACACAUUAAGACAAACUGUCACUCAGUUUUAUGACAAAGGAAGAUUUUACAUUCUUUCAUUUUCUACUGUACGUGAAUCCUGCUGCGGUCACGACUCGUACAGCAGUGAAGACAGAAAGUGUUGAACUAUUAGAUCAAUAACACAGAGGAUGAGAUCCAGAGUGUAAAUAUAUUAAAUAUCAUCCAAGAUGAAGUUUUCAUACUCAUAGUGAAAAUGUCUUCUUUUUUUUCCACCUGUGGAACGGAGAGUUUAUAUCGAUUGUGCACAAAUAAAACAAGUUUUCUCAGAUGUCA